AUGUUGAUUACACUCUCGAAAAUGAACCAUUCUUACACAUAUACAAAGAAUUUCAUUCAGGAUCAAGUUAACAUACUAAAUGAACUGUAUAAAAUUAAUUCUCAAAUCAGAAGCAUUCUAUCUGAACAGGAAGAAAUUACCGAAUCUGAGUUACAAACAAUUUUGAAUCUACUAAAUAACGAGAUUAAAGAAUGCAACAAUGAAUUGUUCCCAUCACAAAUCAAUAAUCAGAUAGUACUGCAGAUUUUGAAGUUGGAAAAACAGAAGCUAAAGAUAGUUAACCUGCAAUUGCUCAAAAUCAAUUCGUUUAUUGAACCCAUCACAUUGCCUGAUUUUGAUAACCUAACGAACCAAGAUCAAAACAAAAAAUUGGCUGAGCUAACAGCACAAAUAAAAGAACUCCCCAAUCUGAAGUAUUUGUUUGUAUCCAGUACAGAUACAACUGAUAUUCAAGAUGAAUACGAUUUGGAUGAUGAUGAUAAUGAUCCGGUGCACGAUGAGCAGGUAGAGAAUAACGAAACUGAUGAAGCCAAUACAAAUAUAGUUCAAGAUGAUCAGGAAGAAGCAAUAUCUAGUGAGCAAAUGAAAAAGGAGUUUAUCGAAGAAAUUGCCAAUGAAGUGAAUGUUUCAAACGUACAACCAGAUCAAGAGUUGAUCGAUAAAUACGAUAAGCUAAGGACUGACCUCAUAAAUAUAAGUGACCGAUUGAAAUACAAGUCUGGGAAGUUGGAGUAUUUAUCAGGGUUGCACCAAACAUUAUCGGAGAUUGUUGGUGUUCGUUCAACCGUCAGCAACAGUCAACACCCUGAACUGAACCAAAUAUACGACAGUGAUGAAGAGGUAAACACGCCCAACGAUCAUGAAACGAAUCUUCUAUCUGGUCCAGAUAAUACACGAACAAGCAUACAAAGUGAACUCAAUCGUUUUAGAAUGUUAGUUGAGAAAAUAUCAUACAAGGUCAAUACCAAAAAUCUUACUGCUGACAAUCUUCGUGAAAAGCUACAAGAAAUAAAUCAAAACCCAGGCAGGACUACAUAA